GAUGGGGAGGGAACAGUCAGCAAGAAAAGACCUUGCCAGGAAGUCUGUGAGCUGAGCCGUCCCAGUCUUCUGGCGGGGUCUGCACCCAGUGGUGUGUUCAGCCACCCGUUGCCUGCACACCUCAUGUUCCGGCCCCGGCGAGCCAACUUAGCACAACGGCUUUGGAGGCACCGCUGCAUCGCGUCCGGCCCAGACGACAGCCACGGGGCCCUGAAACCGGCCGCGCAUGCCCUCUUCAAGAAGCUGAAGGAGAAAGAGCUGGAGCUGCUGCUUCGGGCGGUGGAGAGCAAGGGGGCAGGGGAGCUGGGCUGCGUCUGGGUGGAGCCGCGGGCUUCCAAGCCAGGCCUCCCAGCCGCCCUCCUCCUGUGCCGCCUGUUCCGCUGGCCAGACCUGCACCACCUGCAGGAGCUGAAGCGCCUGAGCUUCUGCAAGAGCGCCGGAGGCGAAGGCGCCGUCCACUGUUGCAACCCGCAUCAUCUAAGCCGGCUCGCCCUCUCCGAGACUCCCCCGCCCCCCUACGGCAAGACCUCCCCUUUCGCCAGACCUUUGAAGUGCCCCAACACCUUGGACAACAACCGUAAAAUAUGGCAAGACACCAGCCUCUCUCAGCACUCCCUCAAAGAUGGCUACUGGUGCAAACUGGCCUACUGGGAGUACCGCCUGCGAGUGGGGAGGCUCUACCCCGUGCACGAAGAUUACGUCAACGUCUUCUCCGACCUCCCUGCCGGCAGCGGGUUCUGCCUGGGCCAGCUGGCCUCGAGGAACCGCAGCCAGGUGGUCCAGCGGGUCCGGGCCAAGAUCGGGCAGGGCCUGCUCCUGAGCCAUGAGGGGAGCGGCGUCUGGGCCUACAACCGCAGCGACCACCCUCUCUUUGUCUGCUCCCCGACCCUGGGGCCUCCGGGGAGCCCCAGCCCAGCCGUUCACAAGCUCCUUCCGGGCUACUCCAUCAAGGUGUUUGAUUACGAGCACGCAGGCAACCUGGCCGACUGGCCGGGCCAUGGCGAGGGGCCUUAUGAUGCUCACACCAUCCGGAUCAGUUUCACCAAAGGCUGGGGUCCCUGCUAUUCCCGUCGGUUCAUCACCUCUUGCCCCUGUUGGUUGGAGGUUCUGUUGAACGCACCCAGAUGAAGAGGAUGAGAAGGAGCCAGGAAAGGGGGUGGUGGUUUGGUGCCCCCCUCCCUCGCUCGGAGCCCUGGGGAGUUCAAUCCCAGUUUCCUUUAGUGGAAAGAGUGAGAGCUCUGGGAGCAUUCAGUGGCUUUUCUGAAUUAUCUGUUACUUUAUACAUAUACAGGUUGAGGGGGUAGCAUAAUACAGGGUAGCAUAAAGGAGAGCAAGUAAGUACAGUUAGUCGUAGUCACAAAGCAGAGCAGGGUCCGACAAGGUCAGGUUCACACUGGACGGCUUUUUCUAGAACGUCUACACUGCGCAAGUAGACCAGUUUCUCUUAGAAACUGGUCCGACCGAUUCAACCGCUUCCUCCCAAAGUACCCUGGGAAUUGUAGUACUUCUGCAAAAAGGAAGUUCUUUUCCAUUUUGGGGCACCCCUGCCCCUCGAUAGAACUACAAUUCCUAGGGUUUGUCGUGUAAAUGUGGUUGCUGCUUUGGGGCUGGAGGGCAACAACUCAUAGCAGUCUGUCUUUGCAACGAGGAAAGGUGAAAAACACUUGGGCCUUUAAAGGGGAGAAAUACAACAUGAAAUUAUAAGCUGAAUGGCAAUAGGUGUAGGACUGGCAAGUCAAAGUAUUUCUGUAUCCAACCACACAGUUCACUUCUGCCAUUCACUGUGGGUGAGGGCCCCCGCUGCCUUAGACGGUCUUAGGAAAGGGGAUUAGAGAGAUUCAUGGAGGAGGAUUGGUCUACCCUCUUAAACGUGGUAGCUAAAUGGAACCUCCAUUCGCAGAAGCAGCCUACCUCUGAAUACCCCAAGCUGGGGAUAGGCAGCAAGGGGAAUGACCCUCAGCUUCCCACCUUGCAUGUAGGAACAUAGGAAGCCGCCUUGUACGGAAUCAGACCAAUGGCCCAUCUAGGUCGGUAUUGUUUACCCCGGCUGCCAGCGGCUCUCCAGGGUUUGAGGCGAGUCUUUCCCAGCCCUACCUGAAGAUGCCAGAGAUCAAACCUGGGACCAAAGCAGGUGCUCUAUCACUGACUGACGGCUCUUCAUGUAAAAAAGUUUCCAGCCCUCGUGGUUCUGAGUAACGGGGUGAUUUAAAGAGGAAUCAAGAAGCUGCCUUCUACCAAGCCCAGGCCACUGGUUCUUCAACUUUGGGUCCCCAGAUCUUGUUGGACUACAGCUCCCAUGAUCCCUUGUCCAGUGGCUAAGCUGGCUGGGAAUGACGGGCAUUGUAGUCCAAGGACGUCUGGGGACCCAAGGUUGAAGAACAGCAGUCUAUAAUGACUGGCAGUGGCAGGGCGUCUGAGAGGGGCCCAUUUCCGACCCUACCUGGAGAUGUCAUUGGGGAUUGAGCCUGGGACCUUCUGCAUGCAAAGCAGAUGCUCUGCCCCUGAGCGGCGGUCCUCGUGAACUUCCCAGAGGUAUCCCACGGGCUGCUUUUGGGGAACAGAACACUGGGCUUAGAUAGACCUUUGGUCUGAUCUGUCACAAUCCUCCGCAUGUAAGGCAAAGAAGGGAGAGGGAGCCAGAGAGCUAAAUGGUAGUGUAGAAAAGGCAGGUAAGGAACUAUUGCUUGCGUCCCGACUGUUCAGAUCUUUAACGUUUACGUAAGUGCCCAGCUUUGGCUGAGAUGGUUUUCUUCCCUCGAUUUUUAUUAUUAUUUGCUGUCAGUACUUUGUGUUUAUUUCUAGCGUGCUAGGCGCUGCAUAGAGCAUGUAACGCAAUCCUUGCGCAGGAAAAAACAACAUUCGCACCGCCUGCCUUCCAACCCGCGUCCGACUGUGGCGUAGAGGGAGUGCUCCAGGGGGGAUCCUUAGUGAAAAAGAAGGGGGGGAGGUGAUUGUGGAUGGGAGGCUGAGAAACCUUUGCUGGAAAGGUGGGUCUCGCGGAGGGGUCUGAAGAAGGAAAGAAAAAGGACAAAUACGUGGGAGGGAGGAAUGCGCCACCUGUAAGGAGCAUGAAGAAGCAGAAGGGUGCAAGACGCCGGGGUAUGUGUGGAUAAAGGGGGAGGCUGAGGAAGUUACACUAUGACUAUGUAGGAGCCUUAUAAUACCUUUUGUAGGCAUGACAGGCCAAACAUUUUUAUGCCCAGUUUUGCUGUGAGGGGUGGGUGGGGCAGAGAUAUGCUACCAUGAUGUGGGUAUCUCUUGCAACAGCAGCAUACCUGGCGUUGCACCAGCGUCUGCAGCAGCACUUCUGCCAGAUCCUGUCGGAAACUGCCUAAUAUCUAGGCUGCCUAGUUGGGCCAUCUAGGUCAGUAUUGUCGACGGUGACUGGCAGCAGCUCUCCAGGGUUGUUGUUUAUUUUCCCAGACAGAGAAAAUUCUCAGCCCGUACCUGGAGAUGCUGGGGAUUGAACCAGGGACCUGUGGCAUGCACAGCAGAUGCCCUACCGCUGAGGUAUGGCUGCCCCUAAGCCAGCAUAACUGGAGGAUAAGAUUGUGCCUCAAAAAUCACAAAGGAGGAAGCUAGCUUUUGAGUUAUACAGAAUUCUUCCUCCUUGUCCUGGAUUUUUUUUUUUUUUAAAGGAGAAAAAGAGAGUUACUAGAACAGGGCUUAGCAAAAGUUCUGUGUUUAAGAUGGUGAUUCAGGAAGGACAAAUUAGGUUAGUUGGUGGCCAGGACAAAAUUCCUCAUGCUGGAACAACGGCUGAUUAUUCAGUUUGGGAGAAACAGGAGUGUAGACGUCUGGGGUGGCAGAGGGUCAUAGACCCCUUGCUUUUUUGGAAGCAGGGUCCUAGCCAGGGCCUAUGAACGAGCCAAUCAUCAUGAAAGGGGAGCGUGUUAGCCACUGGGGAGAGUCCUUGUCCUUUCGUGCUGAUUGGAGCCAAUCUAAGUUGAAAGGAGAUGAGUCAGCCACUGAGAAGACUCUUCUCAGUAGUGAACACACAGCCUCCAUGCUGAUAGGCUCCUAGGGAUGUCUGUUGUAACGGAGUUGGAGAUGACAUGGAGGGCAAGGAAGAUGAAGGAAAGGGGGCAUGACUGUGACUAUCAUGAAGGGACCCUGCAACUUCUGAAUUUACCACUAUGCUGCUGGAUAGGAACGUAUUAUGUGUGUGGGUGAGGCAAAGGGAUAUCCCUGCUGGGGAGGGGGGAUGUGAUUCUCAGCCAGAUUUAAAGGCCUGCUGUCAGAUAUACUCAAGAUUAAAUUGCCAAAAAGUGGCGUAUUAAAAAAAAGUGCUGUGGUUUUUAACCAAAUCGGAUCAUAAUGGCAAGGUUAUCGACACAGAUCAAAUGGUCUCUCCAGUCAACAAAACACUCUCAUUAAUGUGUGUGUGUGUGUAUAUAUAUAUAUAUAUACACACACACACAUAUAUAUACAUAUAUAUAAACCUGGGACCUCUGUAGGAUUUGUGCCGUUGGCACGCCUAUUUGGUAUGGAGGCUGAUUUCAUGGUUUGCACUGAGGACGAAAUACAACCCUUUUCAGCAGAGUGGACCAUUCACACGCUUGGCUGAAAGUGGCCUGUUAAAUUGUAAGCGUCUCGGAGCGGGGACCUAUAUUUUUUUGGAAAAAGUGCCGUGCAUUCAGGGAGGGGGGAAUCAUCAUCACUUUCAACCAGUCCAGUGAUAUACAUUCAUGGAGAGGUGAGCAACCUCAGGUCUGGAGGGGAUAAACGUGCCUCCCUGCCUGCACACGACUCUCUCUGGCUCCUCCCUAGCCACACCCUCUCUUCUGAAGCCACACCCCUCUCUGGCCUUGCUUCACACUGUCCUUGAGUGGUUGUGCUUGACUGGAAUGUACAUCUCUGACCGCAGAUCACGUCUCUUGCUUUCCAGGGAGCUAGAG